AUGACUGUAGUGUUUCCACUUCUGCGGGCGUUGGGAAAAGUGCCUCAACUCACUGAAGUGAAACCCAAUGCGGCGGUGGCGGCACGUUCUCUUCUGUUUGGAUCCACCAACAAAGUGCCUUUUUUGCAUGAAAGUGAGAACCCCACGGCGAGUUUUCAGUGCAGUUACUCUGUUGGUGAAGAAUUUUCUAUUCCAAUGUCAUUUAUAGGAUCAUGUGCUGAAUAUGGAGAAGAGACUGUAUUAGUUCAUAUUCCUGGUCUUCCUGGGGCUUUUCCCGUUUCUAUGGGGGAAUUACGCCGACACAGGGAUUUUUUUCACCUCGAUCACAAAAAGGAAAGAGUAGCUUCAGAGGAAUCUUCUAAUCUGAGUCUUUUUUGCGCUACGGAGGCGGUGAAAAAAGGUAUGGGAGAACAAAAGGUAUUGGAUCAUUUACUUUCCGUAACACGAAGACGGUUAGUGUCUUUACGUGGAGCAGAGACAUUAUUAAAAAUUGGUAAUCGCAUUAAUGAAGAAGCACUUCAACUCUCAUUUCCAUAUCAUUGUGGGGCUAAUCAUGCCUCUAAGCGGUAUUUAGAUAUUACACCAGAGGUUUGUACAUUAUUUGGUAGUCAUAUAAAACAUGGAACAAAGAUGCUUUGUCGUUAUGGUGUUGCAGUUAUGAUUGGUGUUGCCUUAGAUGAAAGUUUUGGUUGUCCUGUACCUUUUUGGAAUCCUUCUGGGGCUCCUGCUGCUUGUUUAGCGCCUAUGUUUAAUGGAUGUCAAACUAUUCCUGUAGGUGAUGUUAAAUUAGAAUACAAUGGUCCAACUACAAAUUCAGUUCUUCUUACUGCUGAGGAUCCUGUACGAUAUUUAAAUCCUACCCUUGAUGGAAAGUAUGAUGUAACCACAUGGUUAAAUGAAGGAUUAUUUGGAGUUAAAGUAGGACAAGUAGUUAAUGAUGACUGCGUUGUUCAUGGUGUUUGUUAUAAUGAAAAACAUUCUGAAUUUGAACUACACAUUCGAGAUUUAUCAACUGGUGAAAUAAGACAAUCUAAUAAGUGUUGGUUAAAUUAA